CCCUCUCUCUUGCUUCUAUUUCUCUCUCCAUCCCAUUCCCAAGUCCCAACUACAGCAUUCAAUUCCUUUGUUUUCAAUUAUACGCACCAUUGAAUUUGACUGGCCGGUCUCUGUGAUUGCUAGGGUUUCUUUCUUACGCUCCUCUCUUUGCUUGCUUUCUUUCUGGAAAUAUUUCCGGAUUCUUCUCUGCAGUUUUCAAGCCAAGCCUGUCGUCCCGUCCCUCGUAAUUUUUCUUCUCUUGCGUUUACCUUUUUUUACUUCUCCUCCUUUCUUCCUUGUAGAAAAACAAGGUGGGGUUUCCUUUGAAUUUUUGGGUUUAGAGUUGCUGCUUCUUUCUUUUUUGGACUUCAUAUAUAUUUGGCUUUUGAUCUCUUCUGUUGGGCUUUGCUCUUUUGGGUUAAGUUUUUCUUUUCUUUGUUUGGAGAGAUUUGGAUUCUGUAGCUUGGGUUUCUUAUGCAAGGAAUUGGAUUUUGAGGUGACUAGCUUUCCAGUUGAUUCUAUCCAAUUUGGGAUUUUAGUUUUGGAGAGACGAGACUAAAAGGGUAUGCUCUCUUUGCCUCUUGAAUAUCAGCUUUCUAUCUUCCAUUUUUUUUUGCUCUUUUGGCAUUGAGCUAUUAGGGUUUUGAUGAGCUUCAUUUUGGAGUUAUGGGUGUUGCCCUUGAAGCUUUUCUAAUGUUUUGACUUUGUGGAUAUAUUCAGAAUAAUAGAAUCUAGCUUAUUCAAGCUUAAAGUUUGGAGUUCUGGGUAUUGUUUUGAAGCCUUUAAUUGUUUGACUUUCUGGUUAAAUCAUAAUAUUGGUAUUGAGUUGCUAGGAACAAGGUUUUUUUUUUUUUUUUAAAAAAAAACAAUGGAUAACUCGAAAAACAGGCAGAGUGAUCACUUGGGUGUGAACAAGAUAGGCAAGAAUAUAAAGAAGAGUCCUUUGCACCAACCCAAUUUUGCAAACAAUCCCAAUAGGCAACAGCCUCAACCUCAGGUCUACAACAUAAGCAAGAAUGACUUUAGAAACAUUGUUCAGCAACUAACUGGCUCCCCUUCACAAGAACCUUUGCCUAGACCUCCCCAGAAUCCUCCUAAGCCUCAAAGUAUGCGGCUACAGAAGAUUAGACCGCCUCCUUUAACGCCUAUCAAUCGACCUCAUAUCCCCCCACCAGUCCCAGCUCCAGCAGUGGCACCUCCAGUUCCUUACCAUAAUGCAUUCGUUAGGCCAGGAAUGCCACACCCACCUGGCCAAUUUGGGCUACCAUCUCCAACAAUGACGCCGCCUUUUAUACCUGGGGACUCGGGUUGGGCAAGUACAGCAGAGUCUCCUAUUUCGGCGUAUAUGCGCUACCUUCAGAAUACAAUGAUAGACCCUGGUCCCAGGGGAAACCAAGCUCAAUCUCCGCUACAACCCCAUCCACCACCACAAGGUCGAGGGCAAAUUCAGCCUCAACACCAACCGCCUUCUGGUGGUUUGCUUUUGAAUCCACCUCUGGCUCCAGUACCCACGCCCGGAGUGAAUGGUCCUGCCCCACCUAUGCCCAAUCUCCCUUCCCCAUGGAUGAAUGGUCCUCCUUGUUUACCCUCACCAACAUCUCAAUUCCUUUUGCCCUCUCCUACUGGUUACAUGAAUCUGUUGUCUCCAAGGUCACCUUACCCUCUGCUUUCUCCUGGGGUUCAGUUUCCUCCACUGACACCAAAUUUUGCAUUUUCACCAAUGGCUCAGUCAGGGAUUUUGGGUCCAGGGCCUCAACCUCCACCUUCUCCGGGCUUUUUUCCAUUAUCACCUUCAGGUUUUUUCCCUGUCUCAAGUCCAAGAUGGAGGGAUCAAUAGUCCAUGAGAUAACAUUGUUGUUUGCGGAGUUCUGUGUUUGAUGAGAAGCUGGUGCACUCUUUGAGGAGGCUUAUCUGUGAUUCACAGGAACUUCAGUUGUGAAAAUGAUCAAGUACUGCUUGUGCAAGAGGUCUAAAAAGUUGUAGUCUUCUUGUUUAUUCAACUUUCUUUGUUUUUGUUAUCAUUUUGUUUUGUUGAUAGUCAUUACUAGUUGUGCAGCUUGUACUGAGAUUAGAAUCUUUAACAACUGCAAUUAUUUUAAUUUCUUGGAUAAAUGUUACUUGGGUGAUGUAGUGAAGUUCAGACCCAAGUUGACUGGACACCUGAACAAAAGCUGUAACAUGUAAGACUGCUGUAUCAUGAAAGGAGGUAGGUUUACAGACACCAAAAUUAGCAUGUAGGUUGUUUAGGAGAGAAUUCUUAUGUACUUGUACUGUUGUGGAUUAAAUCUCAGUUGCUUUGAAGUUCAA